AUGCAGAAAGGCUUUGAAAUCGGCCUGGAGGUCGGCCACUACGCCGGCUGCGUCCGCGCCUGGCGGGCUUUGCAGCAGGGCCUUGCGCCCGGCGCACUGCCGGAGCGCGCUGAGCGCGGGAUAUCCUCGUUGGAGGCGCUGGUGGCGGAGUACCCCCUCUACGACCCACAGGACGAGCGGCUGCACGACCUGCUGGAGGCCAUGAGGGCGCGCUUCAAGGCGGUGGUGGCCACGCUGGGUGCUGCGGCAGAGUACCAGACGGCGCCGGGCCAGCAGGUCGCGCCGCGGCACAACGUGGCGGGCCCGCCGCAGCGCGUGGAGGCGGGGCAGCUGCCGUCCCUGAGCUUCUGA